UGUGACACCGUUUAAAAAUGGCGGACAUCAGAGUGAAAUUUGUGUCUCAAAAAAUAUCAAAAGUUCGUUUUCGUCCAGCCCAAGGCAUAUACUCACAGGGCUCAGACGUUUUUGCCUCAGGAAAUUGGGACGAUGAGAGUGGCAGGGUGUGUUUGUGGCAGAUUCCCCUGGCACAGAGGGACAAUGGUGACAUGGAGGGAGGGGAUACAGCGACGGACCGGGAACCAACACAGCUGUGCGAGACCAGCCACAGGGGAGAUGUCACCGACAUGGAGUUUCUAGGUACAGAAGCUGUUGCAGUCUCAUCAUCGUUGGGAACAGUAACAGUGUACAGACACAGAGGCUUAAAGAGCCUGGAGGAGGCUAGCCAUUGGUCGGGUAUACAUAGUGGGCUUGGUCACGUAUCAUGCGCGUGCACCUGUGUGGCCACCCAGGGAGAGGAUCUCCUCGUUAGUGCUGGGGAAGACGGCAGAAUCAAUGUGCUCAACAUCUCACAUAGGACGCCCAUCAGAACAAUAAAAAAGGCAAAUAGCUGUACUAUCAAUGGGGUCCGUUUCCUCAAGCAGCUGGAAGUCAUCACAGUCGACUCCAGUGGGCAGCUCAAGAUCUUCGACCUCAGGCAAAACUCUGAGGAACCAUCCAAAACAUUCACAGUAUCUGGAGAACAGACACCCCUGCAGAGCAUCGCUCGUCAUCCAACUCAGCAGCAUGUUGUGGCCACUGGCGGCCAUGAUGGCGUAUUGUCCAUCUGGGACUUACGUCAGGAGAAAUUCCCCGUCACACUCCUUGAGGCACACUCCGCUCCAAUGUGGGAGGUAAAAUUUCACCCCACAAAUCCUGAACAUCUGUUCACCUGCUCCGAGGAUGGCUCAGUGUGGCACUGGGAUAGCUCCGCAGUUACCUCCCUUGUCACAGGCACUGGAGCAGGAUCUGGGGGUGGAUCCCUAUUUGCCCAGCCCCCUGGGGGAGCCCAGCAGCCCCAGAUCACCAGCCCCUGGCUGGGUCUCGAAUCUGGGCGUUCCAAGAUGGAGAUCUCCACCCUCCUGCCAAAUCAGUCCCUACCCAUCAACACCCUCGACAUCGACGGGGAAACUCUCAUUUGUGGUUCGGAUGAAGAGGCUAUCUACACAAUUGACAUACCUGGCAUUAGAUAGCAAGCUGAAUUAUUUUCAAAAAUUUG